AAAAAAAAAAAAAAAAGAUGGCGACGCGUUUGAAGGUGCUUCAGACUUUUAAAGCUCUCCAUCGAACACGGAUGACUGUGUUUAAAGAUGAUGACCGGGCUUUGACAGCUGCCAGAUUAAAGAUCAAUGAAGAAUUUAAGAAGAACAAAAAUGAAACCUCAGAAGAAACUAUACAGCAGAUGAUUAAGAUGAGCAGAGCUGUUGAGACAGUCCUGCGGGAAAACGUUCUACAAGCAGAGCAUGUGGGAGAAAAUAAGCUCGUUCUGCGACCCCGGGAGAGUCUGCUUUUAGAAAACGUACCUUACAGUGACACACCGAGAAAAAAAGCAUAACACGCAGGGAUCUACAGAGCCAUUCUUCUUUGCUGGACUAAAGAUUUUCCAUAAAUCAUCUAAUAAUAUCCCUCUUGGAACACCGAGGACAACUUCUAUGGAUCCUGAAGAAAUUAUUAAAGUUAUAAAGAUUUUUAAAAAUUCUGGUAAUAUUAAAAAUAAACCAGAAUUUCAUGACUAAAUCUUCCCCUGAAAUUGCUCUCAGACGAUACAGUAGAUUUGAAUUGUACUCUGCUCUUCAGGCCUCUGUGUGUGACUUAGCUUUAAACUAAACAUUUAAAAAGCACUUGAC